AUGGCAGACAAAUUCGUCACCGCCUAUGAAGGAGCCAAAAAGGCAGAGGCUAGGGGUCACCUGAAGGAGCUGCUGAGCGAUCGAGGACGAACUAACUUCGCCCGCGGACGUGAACAACCCCAAAGACCUCCAAAACCGCCUUCUCCUGCUCGCACCAUACAAAUGAUCAUCGGCGAGGGCGACGAUGCAGCGAUCAAUAAUGUCAAGUUCACCACCACACAUAAACUCAAACGAUUAAUCACUCACGAACGGUAUGAUGACCUCGAAGACAGUAUCAUCUUUGAUAAGUCGGAUACCGGCGAUUUGUCUUUCCCUCACUAUGAGGCUAUUGUUAUCACUUUACGUAUCGCAGAUACUGAUGCAAAAAGAAUAACGGUAGAUGACGGCAGUGGUGCGUGUAUUAUCCAUCCUCGAGUCCUCGUGCAGAUGAGACUCGAAGAUAAAAUAAUACCACAUUGUAUAACGCUAACAGGUUUUAAUAAUGCAGUUGAACGGACUUUUGGAGAGAUAGUGCUACCCAUCCUAGCUGGAGGAGUCACCCUGGAAAGGACAUUUCACGUCAUGAACAAGGAAACGACUUACAACGCCAUCAUAGGGCACCCGUGGAUACAUACCAUGCGAGCGAUCCCUUCUAGUCUCUAUCAAGUGAUCAAGUUUCCUACCCCAUAG